AGCACAUUUCUGGGUCAACUCUUUCCAAAGUCUCAGGAUCUGGAAGAAAGGAGUUCCGUUUGAUAGCGUCUCUUUGGCUGGAAUCCUUAAUGAAAUUUGCUAUGUCUUCUCUUCGUAAGGGGGAAACCCUAUACAAAGGUAAUUAAUGGAACUUUGGGGCCAGCACCUAAUUCUCCUGGUCACUCAACAUUCUUCAGAAGCAAAUCCAAGACAGAGACCCCGCGGAGGCAGCCAAACCUGAGCUCUGUAGGAAGUCGGCAAAGGCUUCAGCGAUUUCAGCGUCCAAGAUGGGGAGAAGGGUGGAGAGAGGGAGGGACCUUAAAAGUCUUGGAGUUUCAUCUUUAUUGUGUACCAUCGAGAGAUACAAAAACCAAACCACCAGGAUUUCUCCCCUUGUGGAACUUUCCAAUUCUGGGAAAAUAAAGAAGUGAUCCAAAUUAAGUUCCAGGAUGACAGCUAAGCAUCUGUUCCUUCCCUUCCUUCUGGCCUGCCUGUGGUUCCUGGCUGCCUACUGCCACCUGGCUGAGGAAGAGAAAUGGAGUAAGGAUAGGAGUCUGGGAAGAAGCUCCAUGAACCUGCCUGACUUUCCUUCUGUGUCCAUCGUGGCACUGAACAAAAAAUCCAAGAAGAGCAUCAGGAAAGAGAUAGAAACCAAGAAAUCCUCCGAGAAAAAAGCUGUGGUGAAGAAGUCCUCAUCUGCAUCCACCUGUGCAGCCACAGGGGCCUUCUGCCAACCUCAGACCAUUUCCUGCUGCGACAAGUGUGACACGUGCCACUGCCGCUUCUUCGGGAGCGUCUGCUUCUGCCGCCCGUUCAUGCGGAAAUGCUGAACGCCAGCCUCUGAGUGCUCCAGGAGGGGGGAGCCUGGGGAGCCCUCCUCCCGUCACCUCCAAGGCUUUGCCCGGGGUUCCACCCGACCUGCUCAAGUAGGAUUACUUAGUGCCAGAAACCCAAAUAUGCCUCCCUCUGCUCUUUUCUAAGUGGCUUUCCCCGACAUAGCUGCUGGCUAUGUUCCCUCUGGGGCCCUGGAAUUCAAACCGAGAAGUCCCCAAGAUGGCAGGGAAAUUAGAGGUAAUCCUGCCCCAGAUUGUGACAGGAGAGAUGUCUGAUUUCAGGCCAGAUGUCUGUGCCCUUCAUUCCCUUCACCCCAUUUCCCUCCCCGCAAAUUCUUGUUAUUUAGGAUUGGGCAUUUUAUCACUCACACUAAGGUAGAUGUGGCUGGUACUUCAAGAGCUACUGGCAGCGAGACAUUCCUACUUUACUCUUAUUUCACUCCCUUACUGAGAAAUCCUGAACACUCCCUACUGCCCACAGGCCGAGGUCCAAACUCCUCAGGCUGUCUGAGCAGUUCUUAUCCCACCUGUCCUCCAGGCUCUAGCUCCCCAAUAUUUUCCCAGUCCUCUAGUCAAACUAUACAACCUAAUUUCCUACUCACCCUAUGUUUUCUUAAACCCCAUCUCUCCUCCUCUAGAAAGCCUCUUCCUCCUUCCGGUCCCAUCUGAGGUGCCAUCCCUUCCAGGAAACCUUUCUUGAUUUCCCUCAGUAAUACCCUCCCAAGCUGGAAGUGGUCUAUUGUCCCCAGAAAUGUAUUUUUCCUUUAACCUGGAUCACAUCUUGUCCUGUCUUGUUCUAUUUGUAUAAUAUAGUUUAUCUCCUCAGUAGACUGUGAGCUCCUUAUGGGCAAGAAUUACAUUUUAUUCAACUACAUUUUCCAUAAUUCCCAACACAUAGCAUCCCUUCAAUAAAUGUUAUAUUGAAUCAACAAUGUAAUGACUCUCUAAUUGUAGAGUUUAGAGACAUCCACUGGAAUUCAAAAUCAACGGCAGACUGAUAUUGCCUGUCUUUAAAAGCACGGAGGAGGGGCAGCUAUAGGUGGCGCAGUGGCUACAGCACCAGACCUGAAGUCAGGAGGACCCGAGUUCAAAUCUGACCUCAAACACUUAACACUUCCUAACUAUGUGACCCUGGGCAAGUCACUUUAACCCUAACAGCAAAUAAACAAACAAAUAAAUUAAAAAAAAAAAAAAAAAAAAGCAUAGUGGGAAGAGAUAAUUUCUUAAGGUUCUUCCCAGCUCUGAUAAUCUAUGGUUCCAUGAAAUCUGUCAGGUCAGGAAAGGAGACAAUGUUGGUUAAUCUAAGAGCCAGGGCAGCCAGUUAUGGUAAAAUUCCCACAGCACUGCCCUGGGAGAAAUUUCUCAGCUAUUCAAGCAGCUCACAGGUGAAACAGACUGACUCAUAAGGUGGUGAGUUCAUAGAUGAAGACUGGAUGAUCAUGUUAGGAUUGCUUACAUGGGAUUUCUGAUCAGGGCAAGGCACUGGAUCUAGGUUUAGAUCUGGAUUCAAAUUCUGACUCUGCCAUUUAAAACCUACAACCAUCACAUGAAGUAGGAAAAAAAUUCUAGCUAUAGAUUAGGAUAACUGAGUUUAAACCCCAGUUCUGCCACCUACAACCUAUAUAACUAUAGACCAUUUUUUCUUUUUUGUCUUCACUUUCCCUCUCUGUAGGAAGUUGGAUUAGAUAUUUUUAAAUCCCUUUUUCAGCUCAAAAUCUUUGAACUAUGAACUGAACAUGUGAGUUCCCUUUCAUUUCUGGCAGUUUUAUGAAUUGUCUGUAUUCGAGUCAUAACGUCAUCAGUUUUCCUGUCCACCUUUCUACUGUUGCCUUUCCUUCUUCAAAUCCCUGCAGACUCAUAGCUUAUCAAUGACAACAUAGCUCCCACUUACAAUGAAUAAACUGGGAGGGGGGGGGGGGGGGAAGGGGAGAUGGAGACCGCAGCCGAAAUAAAGUAAUAAUCACACUGCUUUCUCUGCAUUACUCAGCAAACAUUUGGAGUACAAUUUAUAAUUGUUUUUAAAAGUUUUUUUUUAAACCAUUGAUAAAUGAGUAUCUAGAAGUGGGUAGGCAAGAUGGCAGGCAGUUCAAGUCCAUGUCAUCUGAGGAUCUAUGGAAGGAACUAAUGUUUGACCUGAAGAAAAGGGUCAGGUUCAUCUUCAAGUAUCAGGAGGACUGUUACAUAGAAAACGGAUUAAUCUGUUUUGUUUGGUUCCAAUAGGCAGAAUUAGGAUCAAUGUAUAAAAGUUAUAGGGAAGCAAUGUUAGACUAUUGUAAUAAGAAAAUUUCUUCAUUAGUUAUUAAAAAGUGGAAGAAACUAACUCAAGAGGCAAUGAGUUCCACCCUCAUGGGAGAUCUUCAAACAAUAUGGAUGACCAUGUGACCUGUGAUAAUAGCAAUUCUUUCAAAUAUUGGUUGGAUUGCAUUUCAGUAGCUUUUAAAUUUCUUUGCAGUGUUUCAUAGUUUAUAUGUUUAGUUUAGUUUAUAUGAAGCCUAGACUGCUCUGAGAAGAGGCUAUAAAUCUCAGCAAACAGAUAAAGGACACAAAAAACAAGCACCUAGAAUUUAAAGAACCUGGAUUAGAUGGCUGAUGAAGCUCCUUCCAAAUCUAAAAUCCAGUAAUUCAGAGGAGAAAAAAAAAAAAAAGAUUGGAGAGCCUGAUCUGGGUGGGGAUGAGGAACCCUGAAUUAGAAUGCCCACUCUGACAGUAAUCUUCACACACUGCAAAUCUGGUCAAGUCCCUUUCUCCUCCUCUCCCACCCCAGAUCACUAUCUUCUUUUAUAAACAAUAAAAAGUAUCUGCUUUACAUUUUCCAGAUGCAAGAUAUACUAUGCCCACACAGUACAAAAACAAGACAAAGGACAGAACUUCCUGUAGUGUUCUCAUUUAGACUGCUUAGCCUGCAGGGUUGGAACUGUGUUCUGGGGACCAUUACUGAGGAAAUGUCAUUAGGAUUGAGAAUAUUAAUGCUAUAUCUAACUCUGCUCCCUAAAGGGAAGGAAGAGUACUGAGACUUUGGAAGCCACAAAUUCAAACCCA